AUGGUAUGGGAUAUGACUCUCCCAGACCCUAAAUUCUACUGUCUCAAGCCUUCCCGCACGCAGAACGAAAAAUGGCUUCGAAUCAAGGCACAUCCGCUCCCAGUUACUCUCAUGGUCAGCAAAGAAUCACGAAACCAUGCCCAGCUCCGGCUCAAACGUUACACCAUCUCAACGAACCCAUUGGGGCCUUUCGAUGCCCAGCCUUAUGGAUACUUCAAUCCCAGAACCGAUGUCUUGCAUUUGCCCUUUUGGAGUAAUCAACGCAAGUUGGGCAGAUUCCCCUUUGAGAAAUUCUCUUUUCAUCUCGAUGUCACCCAGUCUGGGCGUGUCACUACGAUCAUCAUGCCGAACCUUCUUGUUCGCCUCAAGUAUGCGGAUAAGUUCCCCGACAUCUUCAUGGUCAUGCAGGAUGAAAUGAAUGGGUUCAAAAGACACAACUCUUGCAACACAUGGGUCCCUGUCGGGAUGCCAGUCAUCGAUCGGCCUUGGAACAACGCUUUUCUCCAAAGUCUACUUGACCAUCGCCGCUUCCACGAGGAGGGCCAUCCCACUGCAACCAUCACUGCUAUGCCGCUUGCCUGUACGUGCCCAGGCAUCGCCGAUAGAAUGGUCGCCAAGGUUGAUAUGGCAAUCCGAGAGCACAAGCGAAAGACGAGAAAGGAGGAGCAGAAGGCGCAGAGAGCGAAGGCCAUCAAAGAGAGGCGAGAGAGAGCGGCUCUCACAAGAUCAUUGGCGAGACAGGAGAGAGAGGAAACAACCAAGGCCAGUGGGGAGAAGAUCAGAAUUCGCACGAGACUGGCAAGUCGCUUUCAUGCCAUGUCUCCCUCCGAAUCAUCACAAGCUGAGAACCUCCCAUGGCUAGAGGAACACAAACAGAAGAGGCAGAUUAACAAGUUUUCGGGAUUCAAAGUUAUCGCGUAA